CUGGUAUAAAAAGCUGAGGCGAACUGCUUCUCGGCACUCUGGGCUUCGACUCACCAGCACCUGCACCAUGGCUCCCCAAAAGGUUCUCUUUGCCCUCGUGAUGGUCUUCCUGUUGGCUCUCGCAAAUGGAAGCCCUGAGGCCGAACCGGGAUACCGAAGCUAUGGCUAUGGACACGGCGGGGGAUACGGACACAGGAGCUACGGAUACGGACACGGCGGCGGCGGAUAUGGCCACAAUAGCUACGGUUAUGGCCACAGGAGUUAUGGCUAUGGAUACGGUGGUUAUCACUAGCAGGCGACAGGCUUACUCUCCAUCGAUCUCCGUUGUGAACACUGGACCUAAAUAAUUUUAAAAAUCAACGACCAAAUUGUUCACAAGGGCUAAAUAUAUUUUUAUUCUUUGAGAAAA